GGGGCGGGGCCAUAGUUAGGUUGCAAAGUAAGACGCAGCUAUUUCUUUAACAGUGAAGUCUUCUCUGCUGGUGGCUGUUUCAGCGGCGUUAGCAGCAUUGACGAGCUCGCCGGCUUCUUCUCUGGAUUAUUAUAUCAGUAAAGGCAAAUUCAUGCCAUGGUAAAUAUUACACCUGGCGGCAGUUCCCAGUCUUUACUCGUCACUUAUGCAUGGAAUGCAUUUUUGUAGUAUCCAGCAGCGUUGGCUUUCUCGAUAGCGACGAUACCUGGAUUAUGUAAACUUAGAUGUAGUUUUACGCGCAAAACCAUUAAGCGAUUAAAAAAAACUGCUGGAGGUUUUUGCCUGCGGGAACUCCAGCGUUAGUAUUCGUCGUAUUAAUGUAACGAUAAUUACGAGGUGAACGCUACGGACCAAGCGACCAAAAAAAGCGGAAUAGGAGGCAUAUUUGUGUCUUAAAUGGAUCGCCAUUCCAGCUUCAUUUCUAUUUGGUUUCAGUUGGAACUUUACGCCAUGGCUGUUCUACUAACUAAAGGAGAAAUCCGGUGUUACUGCGACGCACCACACUGCGUGGCCACUGGCUACAUGUGCAAAUCCGAAAUGAACGCUUGCUUCACCCGAGUCUUGGACCCACAAAACACGAAUUCGCCGCUGACCCACGGCUGCGUGGAUUCAAACGCCACCCCGGCCGAAACCUGCGCCUCUAAAACGGACGAUAUGACCGCAAGCUCCCCAACUCUGGACUGCUGUCAUGAGGACAUGUGCAAUUACCGCGGCCUGCACGACCUGGCGCACGGCAGAGACGCUUCAGAAUACGGAAGCAGGUACCAGUCAGACGGCAGCAGGAACUUGAUUACCAGAGUGCAGGACUUGGCGUCAGCCAAGGAGGUGUGGUUCCGGGCGGCGGUGAUCGCAGUGCCCAUUGCAGGUGGCCUCAUCCUGGUGCUGCUGAUCAUGCUGGCCCUGCGCAUGCUGCGCAGCGAGAAUAAGCGUCUGCGCGCCCAGCGGCUGCAGAUGCUCUCGCGGCUGCACUACAGUUUCCACGGACACCACGCCAAGAAGGGACACGUAGCCAAGCUGGACCUGGAGUGUAUGGUUCCGGUGACGGGCCACGAGAACUGCUGCUUGAGCUGCGACAAGAUGCGACAGCCGGACGCAGGGAGCGAAAGGAUGCUGUCGUUGGUCCACUGGGGAAUGUACAGUGGCCAGGGGAAGCUGGAGUUUGUAUGAUCCCAACAGCAGACUGCCCUGGGACCACUUCUGACUUUUUUUUUGUUUGAUAAUUUUAAAUAAUAGACGGCAGCCCUUGUGGUUUGCUGUGAGGCACUUUACUUGAAAUAAAGACUCGAAUCAACAAGAAGCUGUAAUUUAACUUGAGAUGGUGGGAGAUUUUUUUUUUUUUUUUUUAUACACCCGGAAUGAAUCCUGGACUCUUACUGAUUGCUGAAGGAUUCCAUAUGUCUCUUAUUUGCACAUUUUGUAUAAAACAACAUGAACAAUGUAGGUGUUUGUUUUAAGAGAAGCUUAAUAGAAGAAAAUCUACACUGAGACCAGGGUAAAAAGACUUUGAGGAGAAUAAAAUUGAAUUCAGUGUUACUGUAGGUGUGCACACUCAUGUGUGUCUCGAUUCUGCUUAAUGUAAAGAUCUAAAAUAUAUAUUUUUGUCGGAUAAGAAA